AUUGCAUGAGACUAGUGAGCUUAUAAGACUAGAGAAACAGAACAGUGUGCAAGAGAGAGAGAUUUGAAAAAUGUCGAAGGUAACCUUAGGGAACGAAUCGCUUGUUGGGUCAUUGACUCCAUCGAACAAGAAGUCGUACAAAGUGACCAAUAGGAUUCAAGAAGGGAAGAAGCCUCUGUACGCUGUUGUCUUCAACUUCCUUGAUUCUCGUUUCUUCAGUGUCUUCGUCACCGCUGGUGGAAAUAAGAUUACGCUGUACAAUUGUCUUGAAGAUGGUGCCAUAUCUGCAUUGCAAUCCUAUGCUGAUGAAGAUAAGGAGGAGUCGUUUUACACUGUUAGCUGGGCUUGCGGCGUUUUGGGGAACCCAUUUGUUGCGGCUGGUGGAGUGAAAGGCAUAGUCCGAGUCAUUGACGUCAACAAUGAAAAGAUUCACAAGAGCCUUUUGGGCCAUGGGGAUUCAGUGAACGAAAUCAGGACACAACCUCUGAAACCUCAGCUUGUGAUUACUGCAAGCAAGGAUGAAUCUGUUAGGCUGUGGAACGUUGAAACUGGGAUAUGUAUUCUGAUAUUUGCUGGAGCUGGAGGUCACCGAUACGAAGUUCUAAGUGUGGAUUUUCAUCCCACUGAGAUUUUCCGUUUUGCUAGCUGUGGUAUGGACACCACUAUUAAGAUAUGGUCAAUGAAAGAGUUUUGGACUUAUGUUGAGAAGUCAUACACAUGGACUGAUGACCCAACAAAGUUCCCAACAAAGUAUGUACAAUUCCCUGUAUUUACUGCUUCAGUUCAUACAAACUAUGUAGAUUGUAACCGUUGGGUUGGUGAUUUUAUCCUUUCAAAGAGUGUGGACAACGAGAUCUUAUUGUGGGAACCACAACUGAAAGAGAACUCUCCUGGAGAGGGUACUUCAGAUGUUCUACAAAGAUACCCGGUUCCAAUGUCUGAUAUCUGGUUUAUCAAGUUUUCUUGCGACUUCCAAUUCAGUUCUCUUGCAAUAGGGAACCAGGAAGGAAAGAUUUAUGUCUGGGAUUUGAAAAGUUGCCCUCCUGUUUUGAUUACAAAGUUAUCACACAAUCAAUCCAAAUGUGUGAUCAGGCAAACCGCUAUGUCCGUUGAUGGAAACACAAUUCUUGCUGCCUGCGAGGACGGGACCAUAUGGCGUUGGGACGUGAUUACCAAGUAGCAAACUGAGGCUUCUAAGAACUGAUGGAUUAGGACCCUGCAGGAAGAAGAUAUUAUAUUGUUUUGUUGUAACUCAUAUAUAUUUAUCACAUUACAAUUUGGAAAGUGUAUCACUAUUCCCUGAAACUUUAAGAUGCUUAUUAUGGCCUCAAUAACUUCACUUUGGUUUAAAACAUUUGCAUUUUCAAAACCUUUAUAGUCUUCUGAUCAA